AUGGCUCUGCGUCUGACGGCGGGCGCUCCCCGAGCGUCCUGGGCCCCGGGCGACCCAGCCGGCCAAGUGCGCAGACCCUCGGUGUCCUGGCCCGCGGACGACGCCCCGUCGGGUGCCCAGAAGGCGGCGCCGGCCGGCGGCCCCCUGUGCGCGGGCCAGAGCUCCUUCAGCGUCCGCCUCAGCGGCCUCGCCAACCGCCCCGAGGCCAAGAUCGGCUCCCAGCCGCGCGUCGUCUUCUUCUACCCGCGCACCCAGAAGUCGCUGGCCUUCGUCAGCGUAAUGAAUGCCAGUGAAGCAGCCGUGAAAAAACUGUUACCAAAGAGCAACUUAUCUCGAGUCAUUACCCGUGACAACCUCAGUGCACAAAGAAUGUAUGAAAUAGAGCUAAAAGCUACUGAAAAGAACAAGAAAAAGAUGAUCCACUUGUACGACCACCUGAAGAAGAAGUUCAUGACGGAUGAGCUCAGGAAGCUGAGCCGCUGGAGACGGGAGUUCAUGCACAUCCAGUACUACUUGGACUGCUUGCACCACAGAGCGAGUUUUGAAUACGACGAGCUGGGGAGGGCAGUCUACGUGUGGUAG